AAACACCCGUAAGCAUUACCAGUAACUUUUGUUGAAUGAAGGUAGAGCUAGUAGUAUAUAUUGUGAUGGUAUUCAGCUUGCAAUCGCUACGGAAAAGGGUUGCUCACUGAAAACGUCAAAUAAACAAAAGCAAAAAAAAAAAAAAAGUACUACAUAACCAAAUCAACAGAUAACAGUUAAGAAACAGCUCAAGUAAGAGUUCUAACAGUUGGCAGUUCAAGUCUCAGCUGGACCAAGUACAUCCCAAGCAAUCAGUUCAAUCACUCGGUCUGUCCAAUAGGUUCGCCAUGACUCAACAUCAGGAGGAACUCGAUGCCAUCAAAUCACAAAUCCAGGAACAUCUCAUAUCAUCGGGAAACUAUGAUCUAAUAAGCAAACAACUCAAGUUGCAACUAUACGAAUCAGGUUGGUUUGAUAAAGUAUCCCAAGUGGCCAACUGGGAAUUAAAGGAACGAUCAGAAAAUGAUCAAAACAUCAAUUUCGAACAAUUAUUUUCAUCUUUGAAACCAAAGGCAGAAGAAAUAGUACCGCAAGAAAUCAAAGAAGAAACCCUCCAAAAACUCAAGGUUUACUUGGACGACGUAAUCCAGUAAUUGACCCAUUAUAUAUAGCUAUCAAUAUUUCAAUAAACGUAUACAACCCG